AUGGCUUUCCCGUCUUCCAUUUCAUACAUCUCCUCCGUCGUCGCCGUUGUCGUUCUCGUAGCAGCGACCACGGCGACAGGCUGCCCUGCCGCCGCCGCGGUAUCGUCGGCGGCGGCAGCCAACAACGACUACUACUCGAACCGGUACAUCUGCUACCUCUGCUACCAACGCAACACCAUGAUGAUCAAAUGGUGCCCGCUCUACAAGGACCACUGCCACGUCGCCUGCCUAUCAUCCCCGUACUCGUCUCGCCGCGCGCUGCAGCCCCCCGGCCCCGAUGGACGCGCGCUGCAGGUGCCCGGCAGCCGGCUCCCCGGGCCCGAAGACUGCUACGUCAUGAAGCUGUACCCGGAUGGCAGCUGGAUCAUCGUUGACGUGGUCAACUGCUAUGCCGUCGCGGGCUGCCAGCUCGUGUGCGGUUACGCCGAUGCCAUCCCCGCACGUAAGGACGUCGACGGUGGAGCCAACACCACCGGCCGCCGCCUGCCGCCGCCCCGCGUCGCUGAUUUCGAGCGGUGCGGGGAUCAGACGGGGCCGCGGUCGGUCCCUGGCGUGUAG